UAUAUUGUGUGUAUACCGACGGCGAAUAUACAAAUAUUUUGUGCAUUUUUAUUUUUAUUGGAAUUACGGCCGUAAAACAAGUGAUAAUUUUCAAAAUUGAACAAUUGCAUCAUCAAUGCACAUCAAUCGGGCAAUAAAUCAAAUGAUGAAUUUGUCAUGUUUUUAAAUAGUAAAACGGUUUGUACGUGUUAGUAGUACCCAAUUCGAUUGUGAUUGUAUGCGUUCAUACGAAAAUAUACAUGCCGAACGAAGUAGUACGGUUAUCAGCCAUUCAAUACACAACACACAACACUGACACUGGCCCGUCAAAUAUCAAAUGAGUAUACGCGCCUGUGUUUGUGUUUGUGUGUAUUAACGGCAACACGAAGAGAAAGAGAGACAGAACGCAAAGGAAAGAAAAACUACAACGGUGGCUCAUACAGGCGUGUGUUCAUGGUGUUGAAAUGCUCGCACUGACAAAUAACUUACUUAAGAAGUGAUUCGUAAAGCAACAAAAAAAAAAUAAUAGAGGAUAAUUAUCGUCCCUUCAUAUUUUCUGUUCGAAGAACGAGAAAAUAAAAGAAGAAUUUCGAGUGAAAAAAAAAAUACUCUCAAUCGAUUUGUAGUGAAACAAAAAAUCAUUGAAAUUCAAUCGUAAAAAGUUAUAUGGUUCUAAACUCGAAACGAGGAAAAAAAAUCACUAUUAUCGGUUCGGAUUAUUCAACUGCCCACAAGUAGAAAAAAAAUAGAAGUGAAGAAAGAAAGAACGAAACGAAACGAGAGAAAAAAAAUUUGCCGCUGCAAUUGAAUAUAUAAAAAAAUCAAAAGAGCGAACGAGCCAAAGAGAACAGCGCAAAAAAUUGAUAGAAACUAUUUGAUAAAAUCAAGUGAGCCUCAUAGCUGUUCGGAGUGAGAGUGUGACGUACGAAAAGCGAUUCAUUUAAAAAGCGGAAACAGCCAAAAAAAGACAAGAGACACAAGAAAAAAAUCGCCGAAUUUAUUCCAAAAACGGAGAAACAGAGACUGCUCGACUGUUUCUUUUUUUAAAAUUUAAAUAGAUAAUAAGACAUCACACCGGAUUGUUUUUUUGUGUGUGUGUGUGCGUGUGUAUACGAAGAGAAAAGGAGAAGAGGAAGAAUACAUCUUGCACCGAUCAAAUCAUCGCAAUCCCGAAUGAUAAGGAAUAUCACUUAAUAUCAAUACAAACGGAACUGUUUUUCUUCGGUUUUUUUUUCUUUCUGUAUUAUUUAAUUAUUGUGACACGUUCAGAUUAUUUUUUUUGUGCAUAAGAAAAGAGAGGCGAACCACCCGAACGAAAUUUAUUCACGAACAGGUAGCUAUUUUAUCGCUUUUAUUUUUUUCGUUCUUGCUCUCUCUCUCUCUCUUGUCUUGUCUCUCUUCUCUUGUGUAGCAACAGUCAAGACAAGAGAAAAAAUAAAUAUUAUUCAUUUUCGACCAUAGAAGCGAAGAAAAAAAAUCUUUGCCUUGCUUCCUCACACAUUGCGCUUGCCAUUUUUGAUCAUUUCGCUUAGCAACUGUAUUUGUUGUUGUCUAAUCGUCUUCAUCGUCGCUGUUGUCGCAUAUUCAUCUGUUUUCUUGCGCUUCAUACAUACUCGCUUUUCUUCACACACACACAUUCGAUUCAUAGAAGAAAACGAAUCAUGGAACUGCAUGAAGGGACAGAAAAAAACAACAACAAGUAACGUUCGCAUUAGAUAUUGGCUCUCAUUGUCUCGCAACAUUUCGCAUUUCAUUGAUCAACAAACAUUAAUCGAUCAAAUUGUCAUUUUGGUGUUUUCAUUCGGUUAGUUGCUUGAAAAAAAUUCACUAUUCGUGCCUGUGUGUGUGUGAGUGUGUUUUUCAUAAUUCGACAUUUGAGCUAACCCCAAAUGUGUGCCCUAUCUUGUGAUGUUUCCACUUUGAGCCGUCGUAAUUCAAUCUUCAACGAUUUCAUUCAAUUGAAUGAGGCUCUUUGUGGCCACACACACACACACAAACACACACACGCACACACUAAGGCCACUUUUCCGCGUGUUUCACAUAGAGAUUUGCACAAAGAGAGCAAACGAGCAUAUAUGCUGUUUACAAAAUCAUCAUCGAGAACAAAAUUUAUGAACAAAUGAUGAGCACACACAUCACGCGCAUAAUUUGUGAUUAUGACGCUAGUCACCCCUUUUUUCCUCUCGAUCUCGACUCUCUUUUUCAAUUUCGAUUGCCGUGUGAUGUUUGUUCUAAUUGUUGUCUUCUCGUUUCCUGGAUUUGUACCACGGUGAAAAUGUGUCACGGUACCAGAGAUGCUAGUCAUUGAUUAGGCGCGUGAUAAUAUUCCAAAAAAGAAGAAACUUCUCUGAACUGUUUGACAUCAUCGACCGCUGAGAGAAAAAAAAACCUUUUCAUACAGCAUUUUUUCGCAUUUACUACGAUGCCGCAAUUGUUUUUGCAUUAAUCUAUGCAUAUCGCGUGCCGAAACGUGAUGACCAAUACAAAUAACAGGCGAUCGCAAUCGCUAACACCCUUUCAUCGUAGAAUAUCAUUCGAAAACACAAUUUUUCCAAUCGAAAAUCCAUCGCACAAAUUUACAUUUGUUUUCUAUCGCUUCAAUCCUACUAAUUCAUCAUCAGCUGAGAGCUUGAUGAACGGCUAAUCAUUUUUACCGCAUUAAAAAAAAGUAGAUGUCAUGGAUAAUUUGCCGAUUUCAAGAUAACGCACACCUCCAGCACUUGGUUUAAGGUUAAAAAGUGACUCGGUCGUUGUUGUUUUUUAUCAAUUAAUCGAAUAGGAAAAAAAAAGUUGUUUUUUUCUGAUUUUAUCGCACAUUUUUUCCCCCUCAAUUCCAUUGACAUUGUUGAAUGGCGUCAGAACAGCCCUUUGAUUAGAAAAAUAGUCAUUGUUUUUCAAUGAACCCAUUCAAAAUUAUCUUGUAAUUAGACCAGAAAAAGAGAGAGAGAGAAAACACACACGGCGUGUGUUGAGUUGUGCAACCGCAAAAAAGGGCAACAUAUUUUGAAUUGAGCGCUCGAUAAAUACACCGGUUGUAUGUAUCAUCAUUGGCUAUUGUGAAAGAAAUUGCACAUUGUGUGAAAGGGAACAAACAAAAUUGCCAUUCACAUUGAAUAGCUUGCAAUUUUCAUUUUUUUUUCUCUAUUUUCGUUUUCACCUUUACAAAAAAAACUAUUUGCAACAUUGACAAAAAUCCAGUCAAAAAAAAUGAAGAAUCCAACCGAAAACCUUGUUUAAGUGUCAAGGAGUAUCGAUAAAAUUGUCUUUAAGAAGAAAAAAAAAUGCUGUCAUCUGAUUUGACAAUUCGCAAGAGGUCGCUAAAAGCCUGUAUUCCAUUAAAUAUUCGGUGAACAAAUAAAGAGAAUAUACACGAAGCUGUCACAUAUAUUAUUAUUAUCUCUCUCUUUCGCAUGGUACGCGCCCGAUGGUGUUUGUGUGUAUGUGGUCGUAUUUGUGUUAGUUGGCGCGCGCCUGACUUUUUGUCUCAGUAUAUGCAGCACUGACACAAGCGCGAAAUCGGUGCGUUUGACAGUUGCAUUUGGAUUUUGACAUUUUAUCCAUUGUUUUCUUGUGUGUUGUGUAUCGAACGGCCAUAGAAAUAGGGAAAGAAAGCGCGCGUUAAUUGUGGAUCGAAAAGAGACCCCAACACAAUUGAUCUAGUGUAUGUCUUUUUGCCUCUAAAUGUAUGCGUUCAUCAUUUGAAACUAUUUUCCUUGUUCGUUUUAUUCGUUUCCUAUUUCAUGUGCCUGUUCAUAUGCAGACAGCAAUAGCAAUUACACUAUUGACACAACACACCAGAGCAAUUCAAUCGACACAGAAGGAGGAGGAAGAAGAAGAAGAAGAAAAAACACACCAACGUGAGCCAACGCAGCCACUGUAUUUGUCUUUUUUCUUCCUCCACCUUGUUGCUUCUUUCUGCUUGUUUCUUCUCUCCAUUUGUGUGUGUGCGUCUGUGUGUUUGAUUGAGUGUGUCUCUCAUUUUCGGUGUGUUUUGUGUUUCCACACAGAAGACAGUUUUUAAUAUCCCGUGAAACACAAAACGGAAAGAACAAUCUUUUUUUUAUUCGUCGUGUAUAUUGCCCACUGUACACACUUUUAGUGUGGUGCUUGUGAAGUGAAUGACUAUUUUUCUUUCUUGCUUUUCGAUGGAAAGAUACCGAAAUUCAAAUCUAUAUAAAUUAUAAACUUUUAGUGCGUGUGAUUUAUUUUCAUUUCAUAUAUAAAAAGUUCGUACGCCUAUUGCUUUUGUGUUCAUUCUUGCGAAGUGCAUCGGAGAUAUUGGCAAUUUUAUUUUAUAUUUUCAACAAAAGAGACCAUUAAUAAGUGGAUAGGAAUAAUAUAAACGCGAUCUGACCGUGGAAUAUAUGUUUUGACAGACGGUUUCAGAUUCGUGUUGUUUUUUUGUUUGUUUGCGCUGAACAUCAAUUUUCCAAACAACCUGUUUGAAAACCAUUCGCCAUAAAUCGACAAGGGCGAAGAAGAAAAACGCCAGCGAAAUUCAUUGUUUGAUUUGUGUAUGGAUUUAAUGUGAGUGAUAAACUUAUUUGCGAUUCAUUUGUGUGUUUGGAAACAAAAGAAAAAUCAUCCAAUUAUGUUGGUUUUUUCGGAUUACCUAUCAAAUCAACAAUAUCUAAUUGGAAAUGUUGGCUUAAGACAGAGAUUUAUCAAGAGUUAGAAUUGGAAAAAAAUGGAUAAAAAAUUGCGCAGAAAGCAGUGAAGCCCGGUUUAUCAUGUUUCGCAGAGAUCACGUCAAAAUAGAGCUCACCCAUUCCGAUUGAAUUGGAUUGGCGUUAUCAUGUUUUUGGCCGAGAGAUUAAUUCAUGUUUACCUGUGUGUUUGUGCGACGUUUGCAAUAGUGAUGUGAUUUGUGUGGAUUUUAGUCACAGCCAAUUGAUUUCAUUAAAUGAUCCACCAAGUUUUGCGUACUAUUCAAUUCAAAUUAACCACUGAAACGUCAACAUUUGACAUCUAAACAGUCGAUAUACUUCAAAAAAAGCGCAAUUUCCUGGAAAUUAACUCAAUAUGUUCCGGUCCAUUCAUUUGUCUCUCGCAAAAUAUGGCUUCAGACGAUUUGUCAUUCAUAAAGAUAAAGAUUCCGUUCGACCACUAUAAACCUGAAGUUGCAUAAAAAUUGUGCGCUCAUUUGAAAAAAAAGACAUAAAGAAAUUCUUAUAAAAACGAUUUUUUAGUAUUUUUGUGACUCGAUGCGUCAGUUUUUUUUUUGCGUGAGUGUAUGAUUUAAACCAAAUGGGCUUUGAAGCAAAAGCCCCGUGGUCAUAGCAUAGUGUGAAUCGGAAAUAUGACAGGAAACCGCGAAUCAAAUUCAACAAUCGCAAUCCCAUUAACACAUCGGCUACAUUCAUUUGUUGACAGCUACUUUCGACUGUCUACUUACAAAUUAGACAGACACAAAUUCUAACCUAUAUUAUUUUUGACGGCGAACCAAUGAAAAAUGUGUGUGCAAAUGCGUGAUUGAAAAGAAAAAUGUUUGGAAAAUAAAACGAUUUGAUUCGAAUUAAAAACGAAAUUCAUUUUUUACUUUCCUUUUGGUCAAAUCGUAAAAUGUCCAUCGAAUAAUUGGUUUGCGCGUACAACACACAAAACCAAAAGAACGACGUGCGAUGAAUACCAUAGAAAAAGUGCGGUUAACAUACACACAGGAGCGCAAGAGAAUUGUUGCCUCUCUUUCGCAUCGGGUGUCAGAUGAGAGAUACACACGACUAUAGAGCGCAUCCAUGUUAUAAUAUCGUGUGCGUCAAUGAAAGAUUAUUUGACAGAUGUGUUUGUGGAAAAGUACGACAAUCGAAACCACAAUAAGAGACAAAAAAAAGCAAAACAAAACACACAUUUUUUUCUUCUGUUUCACUACUAAUUUUGGAAUAAUUUACUUAAUUUAUUGGCAAGCAAUAAACGAAAGCGAAAAUAUUGCUCGACGUCAUUUCUCACGACUAAAACCUUCUUAUUUUUUUUUAUUUCGCAAUUCCAAUUUUAAACAUCAAUAAAUUUUCAUAUUCGGCUGCCAAAACAACUUGUGUCAUCCAGCAUCAUUCAUACACACACAUAUAAAAUCUCAUAAUUACUAAGCAUCGCCACAUCUAAUCGAAAGAAAAGGAAAUAACUGCAAGAAACGAACAUUUCAAGCAGAGAACCGAAACCAAUAAAAAAAGGUGCAAAUCGAGGUUCAAUCAAGUUAUAUGAAUCGAUCGAAGUGAGAGACGAAAAUUACAUAGCGAAGUGAGCGAGCGUCCGCACGCAAACCGAUAUUAUAGCGAAGGAAAAAUAGUUUAUUAAAAAAGUGACAACAACGGGCAGCAGGGAUCGACACUGCAUACGAAUACUAGAAAUAGAGUGUGUGUGAGAAAGAGAGAGAGAGGGGGGGAGAGAAAUAGAAUAAACGAUCGCACAUAUACGAAUCGAGUGAAGUUCGAAACGGUAAAUGAAAAACAAAAGCCAUCAAGGUUACGCCACUCAACGUGUGUGUACGCGACUCACUCACUGAUGACGGAUAUAGAUUUUUUUUUUAAAGAGAAGCAAAAAGAAAUAUUACUCAAAUAUCUAGAAAAGGAAUAACGAAAGAAGACCAACACUUGCUGAAAGAACAACGGGAUAACAAAGAAAGAUAACCCUUUUGAUAAGCCUAUAGCCAACUAACUAUACCAGGAGUGCUUCAACGAAAUUCAGAGUACUGAGUUCAUAUACACACCCAUUGUAAACGAAUUCUUGACGAAUUUCGCAUCCGAACAACGUAAACAACACCAGAAGAAAACAGAAAAUUGUACGAAAUUGAUUAUUUUCUCGUUAGUGUCGUGUUAAAUGCAAUAAUAUUUGCUUCCAAGCUCUGAAGUCAGAGUGCAUAUUUUUUUAGAAAAAAAGUUUACGAAAAAGUGAGAAAGAGAGAGACGAGGAAGUCGUGUGUGCCCAAAGUAGGAAUCGCGAUUAAGGAAUAGUUCCAGUGAUCGUCAACGAUCCAUCAAAAUAUUGAACCACUUGCUUUUCCAUUUGCAUCAUUCUACAUCGCAGCUUUGGCAUAUUCAUCGCAUUUGCAUCUCUCCUUAUAUACAGACUCUAUUUUAUUGUGAUAUCUGUACAUGUUUAUAAUCUAAAAACAAGAAUAUCUUGCGGGCGGCUGCUGUCGGUUUUUUUUUCUUCGGUGUUCUGCGUUGAAUGUGCAACAACAAAUACAAUAUUUAUAUUUGCAUUUUCAUCAAAUUCGCCGAAAUAUUUACCGAAAUUCAGAACACAACUCAAAAAGUGAAAACCACAUCGUUUUAGUUAAGGCUUCAAGAAAGAAAGAAAAACACAUAUAUUUAUACAUUUUUCUUUGAAUAAAACAAUUUGGUGUGUGCGUGUGUUAAAGACGAUCGUGGAUGAAUGGAUCCAGCCAUAGCUUGGUUUCAAGAAGAGCAAGAAGGGCCAUCGAAACGACUUUGGUUAAGUAUUUGGGAAACAAUUCAGGAAGUGGAAAUGGAGCAACAGCAACAACAGCCAAUCACACAUAACACCCAAACCACACAAGGGUUCAACAAUCAACCACAAGCACCGGCUGUGAUUACAAAUAAUACCAAUAAUUUUAUUGAAGACAACAAUCAAAAACAUAAAGGGACUAACAAAAAUAGCGUGAAUUCGUCGACGGUUCCGAUGGAAAAUGGCCAACAGUCAAAUCAAAUUACGACACAGUCAACCCAACCACCACAACAGCAUUCACAACAGCAACACAUAGAACGCUCAUAUUAUAAUCCAUCGCGGAGAAAAGCGGCCCUGUACGAAAACAGAGCCAGCACAUACAAUCUGAACCGAUAUCAACACAAAAUUAUUGGCAAACACCUUGGAUGCCCAUGGAGACCCAAUAAUUUUGUGUAUCCACCAGGUGUGCUUGGAUUACACACCGAAAUAGAGCAAUUCUAUGAACACAUGAUACCAACACGAACGGAGCAUGCAUUACGUAUGAAGGUCGUGAGUCGCAUUGAAUCGGUGGUGUUGCAAAUGUGGCCCGAUGCACAUGUCGAAGUGUUUGGUAGCUUUCGUACCGGAUUGUAUUUACCAACCAGUGAUAUUGAUUUGGUGGUCCUUGGCGCUUGGGAUGGCCUACCAUUGCGUACAUUGGAAACGGAAUUAUUGGACUGUGGCAUUGCCGAACCGAAUUCCGUGCGUGUACUGGACAAGGCCAGCGUACCAAUCAUCAAGCUAACCGAUCGCGAGAGUCAAGUCAAAGUUGAUAUAUCAUUUAAUAUGGAAUCAGGAGUGCGAUCAGCCGAAUUAAUCAAAGACUAUAAACGCAAAUAUCCGGUUUUAUCGAAACUGGUUUUGGUGUUGAAGCAAUUUUUGCUGCAACGUGAUCUCAAUGAAGUGUUUACAGGUGGCAUUUCGUCAUAUUCCCUAAUUUUAAUGUGUAUCAGCUUCUUGCAAUUGCAUUCGCGAAACCAGUCGUGGGAGAAUGCGAACUUAGGUGUUUUGCUAAUGGAAUUUUUGGAAUUGUAUGGCCGAAAGUUCAAUUACAUGAAAACGGGCAUCAGCAUUAAAAAAGGCGGUAGAUAUUUACCCAAAGAAGAUUUACAACGUGAAAUGGUGGACGGUCAUCGGCCGAGUUUGCUGUGCAUCGAAGAUCCAUUGACACCCGGCAACGAUAUUGGCCGAUCAUCCUACGGUGCAUUGCAUGUGAAACAUGCAUUCGAAUGGGCAUACAUUACACUAACGUCGGCUGUUACACCCAUCCAAAAUGGUACAAAUGACUGUACACGAAGCAGUAUACUGGGUCGUAUUGUUCGCGUUACUGACGAAGUGAUUGAAUAUCGAAAUUGGGUACGGGCCACAUUUGAGCAUACGCUCAUCUCACCGGAAAGUCCACCCGGUGGCAAUGGUUCAUCGUCGGGCAAUCUCAGUAGCAACACAUCAUCGUUGAAUACAAAUGUGUGCAAUACGAAUCAGCGGCGACGUAAGGGCAGUAUAUCCAGUGAAGAAACGUCGGAGGAGAGCAUGGAUUCGGACAAUGGUGAUUCGAAUUCGGUGUCGCGUGACAUAUCGCCGACACACGAACGUAGCGCGUACACCGUGAACAAAGUACAAAAUGAUCAAAUUCCAACCAUCGAAGAUGUCGACGCAAACACAAUCAUUAUCAUCGAUGAUUCUCCGGACGAAAAUGAACCCGUGCGUACUCCACUCAUGGAAGUACCACGUCAGAAACACCAAACACAGCCUUUAUAUACGGCACCUCGACUCUCCGAACGUUUCGAUCGCGUUUCGCCUUUGAAUAGUCGCCGAUCAAACGCCGACAACUACCAUGACAAUAAAUCAAAUCAACGGCAAAGUGGUAAGUCAUUGCGUCGUCACAGCACAAACACAAACACAUACACAUCCAGUACAGCUAGCCAAAAGGAACUAUCGCCAACCAAUCAACAAUCCCAUUUGCACCAGCAAAUGAACAACAACAGCAGCAGCAAUAGCAGUAGCCGAGAGGGUAUUCCAAACAUUCACCAUGGAUCAAGCAGCUUGAACAACAUGAACAAUCAAAAGAAUAAGAAGAUGCCUAAACGGAAACGUGUGACGGCUAAUUAUCAAUUUGACAAUAGCAGUGGAAGUGGUAACAGCGCAUCGAUGGGCGUAAAUUCCGUUCAAAAGCUAAAUAACAGUAAGUCACAGAUGCAACAGCAAGCACAAAGUAAUACAAAUGCCGCCAAUUCAAUGGGAAAAUCGUUAAAAAUGGGCGCAUCGAGCCGAUGAUUGUUGUCGAUGACGGCGGUGACGAUGACGACGAUGACGAUGACGAUGACGACGAACCCACAACGAGAUCACAAACAGCCUCGAUUGCCAAAACAAACGUUAGAAUGUACAUCUCGAUGGCAGAACUCACUGUCUCUUUCAUUUCCUCACUUUUAACACAUUUUAACGAAAUAAGAGUAAAGAUGAUGAAAAGAAGAUAUUGAAGAAAAUUAGCAAGAGCAACACGCAUAUAUUUGAAAUAAGAAUAUGAUAGAAUUUACAAAGAAUUUAAAACAAUAAAACAACAAA